AGCCCGGAUGAGGAAGUAGAGGAGCCCGAUGGCGGUGACGCCGAUGAGGACGUACAGGGCCCUCUGGAUCAUCGAGCUGUCCACGUCGAGGCCGCCCAACAUCUUCCCGCCGCGUGUGGAGUUCAGCCCGCUGGAGUUCGUCGUAACCACCGGUCGGGGUCCCGCGGUUCCGGUGGUUUCGGGUCCAUUGCCGGUGGGUCCGGGUCCGUUCCCAGCAGCCUCUUCCGCGGUCACGAGCAGCCAACCGACCGGAACCAGAAGCGUCGCGAGAAGAAGUCCGAUAAAAGUCAUGUUUUUAUUUAACACGAAGAAGAGGAAGAAACAAUGGCGGCAGAGUUUUCAGUGUUACUUCUUCAGAUCCACGUCGCGUGAACUGAACUCUUGUUGAUAUAAAGUCAAAACUAGGAAGUUCACGUCGAACUACAGUUGACGUCACACAAAUUAGGUUGAGCGGACAUCUGGAAUCAAACCUCCGAGCACCACAAACACCGACGUCCCGCACCGAGCCCGCCCCGGUUUCGCCGUCUGUUUCCCGCUGAAGACUCGCCCGGGCUGUGUUGUUGUCUCGGGUCGGAUCUCCACCGGGAGGCUGCAGGAGGGACCGCGUCUACCGGUAAAAACACGGCAAUACGACUAAAUCCCGGGAGGAGGUGUGAUGGACUGACGUGAUCCGACGACCGGGUUUUAUAGGCCCCGAUGGGAGCUGCGACACAUCUGGACCGGGUCCGUGUGCGUCCCGGUUCUGGCCUCAGUCUGGACUGAAGAGUCGUGUUUGUCCCUGAAGAUUCCAGAUUGGAUGUGUUUGUAGUUUUCGUUUCUCUGAUAAAGAACCAGGUCCUGGUCCAGAGUUCCUCCUGCUGGUCUGGAUUAAACCGGGUCCUGGUCCAGAGUUCCUCCUGCUGGUCUGGAUUAAAGAAGCCCAUCAGGAUCAUGAACCACCCCCCCUCUGCUCCUCUAAUCUGGAUUUAAAUCUGAGAGCUGACCUGGUUUACUUUGCACGCCUGACCCGGUCUGAACCCCCCGGGUCCUGGUUGUGGUCCUACUCGGUCCUGGUGUUUGGGGGAGUUCCGCUGUUGCCAUGCCGACGUCCCGGCCUGGUUCGGCGCCGGUGGAGUUCUGGGUGGACGGGUCGAGGCGGGACGGGACGGUGGAGGAGGUCUACACUCUGAGCUCCGAGCUGGGCAGAGGAGCGACGUCCAUCGUAUAUCGCUGUGAGGAGAAGCAGACUCAGAAACCCUACGCUCUCAAAGUCCUCAAGAAAACGAUCGACAAGAAAAUUGUUCGCACAGAAAUUGGCGUCCUGCUGCGUCUUUCCCACCCAAACAUUAUCCAGCUGAAAGAGAUCUUUGAGACGGACACGGACAUCGCUCUGGUGCUGGAGCUGGUGACGGGAGGAGAGCUGUUUGACAGGAUCGUGGAGCGAGGUUACUACAGCGAGAGAGACGCCGCUCACGUCAUCAAACAGAUCCUGGAAGCUGUUGCGUAUCUCCAUGAGAACGGAGUUGUGCAUCGAGACCUCAAACCGGAGAAUCUUCUGUACGCCGACCUGUCUCUGGACGCUCCGCUGAAGAUCGCCGACUUUGGUCUUUCCAAAAUCAUCGAUGACCAGGUGACCAUGAAGACCGUCUGUGGUACGCCGGGGUACUGUGCUCCAGAGAUCCUGCGGGGAAACGCUUACGGCCCUGAGGUGGACAUGUGGUCGGUGGGCGUCAUCCUCUACAUCCUACUCUGUGGGUUCGAGCCCUUCUUUGACCCGAGGGGGGAUCAGUACAUGUACAGUCGAAUCCUCAACUGCGACUACGAGUUUGUGUCUCCGUGGUGGGACGAUGUCUCCCUCAAUGCCAAGGAUCUGGUCAGUAAGCUGAUCGUCCUCGACCCUCACAAGCGCCUCAGUGUCCGGGAGGCCUUGCAGCACCCCUGGGUCCUGGGCAAAGCCGCCCGCUUCUCCCACAUGGACAACGCCCAGAGGAAGCUACAGGAGUUCAACGCUCGUCGUAAACUAAAGGCUGCCAUGAAGGCCGUCGUGGCUACCAGUCGGAUGAACGAGGGUUCGCGGCGUCGCACCGACAGCUGUGAGAUUCCAGGCUCGGGGACUUCGAGGCAGAGCAGCAUGCAGCAGGACCCGCCUCCUGAGUCGACAAGCCCCACCCCUGAGGACAAAGAAGAAGCCCCACCCCCAGAUCAACAGUCGCCACACGAAGACGAAUCAAAGCCCGCCGACCAAAGUGCCCUCAGCCCCUCCCCUCCUCACAGCCCCAAACCGCCCAACUCUGAUGUCAUGCCCACAGGCUCCGCCCCCACCAGACCGCCGCUGCGGGCCGACGGGCUGCGACAGGCGUCCGUCGUCCCCAAAAUCAAGCCGGUGAAGCCACGAAUGCCGCAGAAGAGCUGCUCCAUGGUAGAGCCCGCCUCCAGGGUCGAGGCCCCACCCACGCCUCCAAGUCCCAGCAGCCUCAGCAACGGCUUCACGCCGGGGGCGGGGUCCGCCAGUAAGACUGCCCACUGCCAGUGAUCAGCUGGCAGACAGGACAGACACACAACCACUCAAAUAUUCAGCCUUCCAUCUUUACAAACAUCUAAAAUCAUUUAAUGGGACCAAAUUAACCUAAAAUAUCUGCAUCAUCUAACAUUUAACAUUUAACCUCCAUUUCUGUAGCUCUGCUGCUACGCUAACAUGCUAACAUGCUACGUACCCACUGAGGGUUUGUUGGAUAUUUUUUCUGUUUUUACUGGUUUCAGAACGGAGGUUUGGGAUGAUUCAGGAUAUGAAGAAAGAAAAGCUUUUGUUCCACAUCAGGACUUAGAAGCGGUUGCUGGUUAGCGGUUGCUGGUUAGCGGUUGCUGGUUAGCGGUUCCUGGUUAGCGGUUGCUGUGGUAAGAAAAACAACCAAACGCUCAAAAGAAAACGGCCUUUUUAGGGCCUAAUAUGACCAUAAAUGUAACUGCCACAAAAAUAUUUCUCUCUUUCCUCAAAUACUUUUUUACGAGUUUUGAAAACUGAAAUUUUUUUAUCUGCAAGAAAAAACAUCUUUUUAUUUUGUCUUUGUAGAUAUGUUAUAUUAUUAUGUCAUAAACAGUAAUUCUUUAAAUAUUUAUAAAACUCUUAAUCACAUGAAAGGUACUUUACUGUCACAAACUACAGACAACAAAGAGAACUAACUCGGGCUGCUUCAGUCCAGCUAGCAUCGCUAAGCUAGCAUGCUAGCAUCGCUAAGCUAGCAUGCUAGAUUAUAUUUGGGUUAACAGAAAUCUGAAGCUCAGCAGUUAGCAUGCCAGCUAGUUUAGAGAUACUUUGAUAUUGUACCCUUCUAGUCUAGUCUCUGGAUUGAACCCUCAUAAAUCAUCACAGAGCAUCUUUAACCUCGUUUAUUAUCAGUGUUAAACUCCUCAAAUCAAACUAAAAUGGAGUCUCUUGCUGUUCGGUGCACUUCUUACCACAGAAACCACAGAAACUCAUAAACCACCAUGUUUGUGUAUCUGGAUACGUUCACGUUUACACCUGCUGUUUUAGGAUUAUUAUGGUCUGUCGACCUUUCACACCUCGUCUGGUUAAAUGAAAAAUAACUGCCCGACCAAACAGUCCGGAUGGAUCUGAACUCUGGUUCGACUCGUUUUAAGUGUAAAAACUGAAAAAUAAAAAGGUUACAGGAUAGAAAGAUUGUCAAGAAAUAGUUCCAGUUCAUAACCCGUCAUUCA